AUGCAUUGGGAAGAUGUCUACCAUGUCAUCCAUACAUGUCGGUACAAAAUCGAUUACCAUCUAAUCGAGCUCCGAAGAAAAUAUUACAGCAACUCCAGAAACCCCAGAGUCAUCCACACAAAGCUUCAGGACCAGAUGCUAUUUUCCUUGAGAACUUGUCCUCACGAUAAGUACUUGCCCAAAGCUGACGAGUUCCUUACCCUUGAGAAAGCAACUGAUACACAAAGCCUCAUGGAUAUAUACCUUGAGGAAGAAGAGCCGUUGGUGAAUUUGGAUGAGACAUCUUCCUUUGACGACCAUAGGCCAAUGGAUGUUUUCUCACCCAUUACUCCACAAACCCCACAAACGUCACCAAUUUAUCCCAAUGAAAAUCGACCACAAACAGCUCAGCGAUCGCAAACAUCACAACUUCCAAAGUCCGAAAAAUUGCGAAAUAGUCUUCCCGAUAUCCAAAAAGUGUGGGCCCGGCUUCCCUUCACAGCUUCCCGAAUGCAGAAUCUCAUGAGCAAGAACGUAGUAGCUAGCUCCACGAAUGAGUCGGUGGAGGCAUUUCACACAUCCUACAAGUGCCCCCAGUGUGUCAAUGAAAACAAAAUGGUAUGGAAAAGCGUUUUGAACGAUGUUUCUUUAUCGGCUGCUAGACUCUCUACAGGCAGUGACGGAGUUUCUAGAGAUGACUACGAGAAUUUAUCUGGAGACUUCAUUGAUUCAAAACGCAAGGAGGAUGUUUUUGUUGAGAAUUUGGCUGAGGGAAGAGCAAAAUUCCAUGGAAAGGUGUGUGUGGAUUGA